CCAGAAAUGCCUAAUGUCCUGUCUGGUUCGAACAUUUUUAAGGAGAAUCGGUUCCAACAUAUUAGCCCCAUUUUGAAAAUUUUCUCCCAGAAUCCGGCUAUGGCUGAAUAGGUAUUACAGUAUUUUUUGGGAGCAUAAUCCAGAAGGAGAGAUGACGCCGGCCGAUCUGAUCUGGUUUACGGGAGCAACUGUCGCCGUUCCCCAACCAUUGCUUUCACAACCACAUAAGCUUCUCUAUUCUCGACAAUUCUCCAGGACUUAUGAAACUCAGCUUCUCCUAUCUCUGAAAUCAAACUCCAUCUACCGGAUUAGUGAACGCCCUACUUUCAAAGAGAUAAGUGGUGCAUGGGUGGUGUUCAAUACAGCUUCUGAUGGCGGUGGUGUUGUGGACCCUGACGAUCCGGAUCUCCUCCCCUUGGACACUGAUGAUGAAUGUUUGGCUGUUGGGAACCUCCAUUUGGAGCCAAAGCUUCAGCUGAAGCUUGAGCAUAAGAUGAAGAUGAAGUUGAGAAAGAACAUAAGACUGAGAAGAAAGAAGCUCAAUAGGAAGCGUCGAUUGAGGAAGAAGGGGAGCUGGCCUCUUUCGAAGAAGAACAAGAACAAGACUGUCUAGAACAUCUAUGUCAUAAGGUUUCUUUUGUGGCAUUCGGAUCAUCUUUGUUCAGUGUUUUGCAUAUACAUGUCAAGGGGAUUUGGGGAGGGGUCCUUGUAAAUGUACUAAUGAUGGUGAGGAGGAAUCUUGCUGGACUUUUUGCUGCUAAUGUAUAUCAACAGUAUUCAGGAAUUUCAGGGUUGUAUAGAAUUGUCAAUAUGCUGCUAAUCUUUAUCAGUGGAUGGCUUUUUUCCAGUCUUCUUUACCU